AUGCACGCUAACCAUGACAGCCUCACCAGCGAGAUAGCCUUAGUCCUUGUCGGCGAGAAGAAGUUCCGCAUCCACAAAACUCAUCUUAGAAGCAGCUCAGACUUCUUCAAGAACGCAACCAAGGCCGAAUGGACAGACCCAGACGACCCAGCCAAGCCCAUCGAUCUUUCCGAUGAGAGUCCCGACACCUUCGAAGCUUAUGGACACUGGCUAUACUCCAGAAAGAUCCUGGCGAAAGAAGAGCUCGGCGCAACCUGGAACCACCUAGCUCAUCUGUACGUCCUGGGCGAGAAGCUCAUGGAUAAAACAUUUCAGGACGCGGUGAUCGAUACCAUGAUCGGGUUCAACGGCUCUAAGAGAACAACACCGGCUAGCGACGCCAUAAUCAUCAUCUACAAGGGAACACCCGGAGGAUCACCUGCGCGGCGCCUCAUGGUCGACUUCUAUGCAUACAUGGCAACAUCCAAUUGGUCUGGGCUGCACCUCAAGAACAUUUCGGAAUUCAGGGGAACGGAGUUCUUGGAGGAAUUGGUGCCUAUGCUGAUUGAGCAGCGGGAGGUACCCCCUCUAAGGGUCAUGCGACCGUGGCGCGCGUUGCCGGAGUCGUAUCGGUUUGAUGGGGGGCGGUGA